UUUGCUUGGAUGAGGAGUGGUGAGGUCAGGUGUUUACAUGUUAAUAUGGAAAAGUAGACUGUUGAAUCUGCGAAAUAUACAUGUAUCAUUGAAAUACGUGAAGACCACUUUAUUUGUAGGUGGCACAUGUAACAUAAACUGAUGUCCUUCUCACUGUCAUGAAGUUCUAGUACGCUGUAGUCGCCAGUGCAUGUGUGCAGUAGCCUAAUCUACUUGGAAGGGACGAUUCCCAAUGAAUCAGAAUGUUACUAAAACAAGUAUUCAUCGGCAGGAAACAUCCACUAUCAACUUAUAAUUGCGGGCUUGUUAAGUUUCCGAUUCGACGCCUUACAUCAGCUACUGGACCAUUUAAUUUCGUGGAUGGUAAAAGAGUUGAACCGGUAGAUAGGUUAUGUGACACCACUGUAAUAAAUCCAGCAAAGGGUGAAGAACUGUGCCAUGUACCUUCAUCCGGAAAACUUGAAGUUGCACGUGCCGUCUCCGCAGCGAAGGAAGCUUUCAAAACGUGGAGCCAAUUCAGCAACACAGAACGGGGAAAGCUGCUAACUGCUGUUGGAAGCAAAAUAAGGAGCAAUCUAGAAGACAUAGCCCAUCUUGAAGUUCUCAAUAAUGGAAAACCAAUAUGGGAAGCAAGAGUGGACAUUGCGUCAUGUGCCGAUGCAUUUGAAUAUUUUGGAGGCACCAUAGCUUCACUUACAGGACAGCAUGUACCACUACAAGGUGACAAUUUUGCAAUGGUUUGCCGUGAGCCUCUUGGAGUUGUUGUGGGCAUUGGAGCCUGGAACUUCCCAUUACAGACAUGUUCCUGGAAGGUAGCCCCGGCUCUGGCUUGUGGAAAUACAAUGGUAUACAAACCUUCACAGCUAACACCUCUGACUGCUAUUCUGUUAGCAGAAAUUUUAACUGAUGUUGGAGUCCCCAAAGGUGUUCUGAAUAUUGUGCAGGGCGCAGGUGAAACAGGAUCACACAUGUGUCACCACCCAGAUGUUGCAAAAAUAUCUUUUACUGGAUCAGUAGCCACAGGGGUAAACAUCAUGACAGCAGCUGCAGCAGGAAUGAAGAAAGUUACUUUAGAACUUGGCGGCAAAUCACCCCUUAUUAUAUUUAAUGAUGCAGAUGUAGACAAUGCAGUAAAAGCAGCCCUGGUGGCAAACUUCCUUUCCCAAGGUCAAGUUUGUUCAAAUGGAACAAGAGUGUUUGUGCAGAACGCUAUAGCAGAAGAAGUUCUUGAACGAUUGGUAAAUGCUACAAACAAUUUAAAAAUAGGUGAUCCCUUUGAGGAGGAUACAACAGUUGGAGCAACUAUAUCAGAAGAACAGGCAGAAAAGGUCUUAAGUUACAUCAAAGAAGCUGAAAAAAAGGGUGCAAUAGUCCUUUGUGGAGGAAGAAGAAUCAGUUUACCAGCACCAUUAGAAAAUGGCAUAUUUGUAUCUCCCUGUAUUCUGUCUAAUUGUCAUGAUGACAUGCGUGUUGUGAAAGAAGAAGUGUUUGGUGCUGUGAUGACAUUUCUCACAUUUUCAACAGAGGAAGAAGUUGUACAAAGAGCAAACAAAACACCUUAUGGACUUGCGGGAGGUGUUUUUACUAGAGAUCUAUCACGAGCAUUUAGAGUUAUAAGACAACUAGAAGCUGGCACUGUCUGGAUAAAUAAUUACAAUCUAUACCCUCCAGAACUGCCAUUUGGAGGGUACAAGUGGAGUGGAAUUGGUCGUGAAAAUGGAACUGCUGUUUUUGAACAUUAUACUCAGACAAAAACUGUAUUUGUAGAGACGGGGGAUGUUGAUGCAGGCCCCCUUUACCCACAAUGAGUUUGCUUCUCAUUCCAUUGUUGUUAAUGAGACUGAUGCUUUGUAUGUUGUUGUUUUUUUAUAUUAUAAGAGGUGUAGAGUUCACACUGGUGUGUAAUAGAUUCUGGUGGCUAAGCAUUUAGUUAGAACAAAAAACUUGACCUUUUGGCUUGCAAGUAAUAAAUCCAUUUACUUCUGUGUUAAGGUGUAAAUCUCUACCCCUAGAUAACUGUUGUUAAAACAGCUGCAUAAUUUGUCUUUCAGAUUGAUUGCUACAUUGUACAUUCCAUAAAUUGAUUCCAUGGUUCUCAAACAUACAGCCUGAUCUAUCAAAAGCCCAUAAAUUUUGGCAGAUGACCAUCCCACCAUCAUCAGGUGUUACUGAUUGAAUAAAGCAUCAGCACCACCUGAUAAUGGUGGGAUGGUUGUCCACGGAAAUAUCCCGUACUUUCAAUGAUCUGAUCUAGCAAUACACUUGAGAACCAAUGAAACAGCAUAUAUGCUGGGAAAGCCUCAGAUCAAACAUUCCAUACAUUUUUGUAACCUAUGCAUUUUAGGGUACAAAAAUAGAUAAACUGAAUAAAUACAAUAAAUUUACACAUCCAGUUACAUUAAUAAAUCAUGCAUACAUUGUUUACAUUUUUUAUACUUAUCUUUGAGUAUUGUUCAAGUUGUUGGAGAGAUGCUGGUUUUUGUUUAAGGCUGUUUUCAAAUAAAUCAAUUAUAGUUUUACAUCAUAAAGCAAUUAUUUGUUUGUGUAAAAAUGUAAAAGUUUCAGUGAAAAGAAAAUUAAUUAUAUAUAAACACAUAAUGAGCAUAUCAUGUAUCUGUACUUUUCACACCAUUGUACAAAGCGUGCCAGAGGGCAUUUUGUGUAUAAUAUUUUAAGAUAAAUCUUAUUUUAUUAUUGCUUACCACAUUUUUUAAUAUUUUUAAUUUAAGGUGGUAACAUUUGUUAAUUCAAAAUGAGCUAAAUAAAUACCUUUUGUGAGUGCUA